AUAAACAUUGGAUUGAUGGUACCAACUGGAACUGAUUUAAAACCUGUAAGAGGGAAAACAGUCCCAUUAUUUGUAUACCCAGAAGUAGGAGCACCUGAGAUACUACAACAAGCUGUCCAGAAAAUGAGAACAUUUAACAAGGAUGUAGAAGAAGGACCAUACAUCCUUUUGUAUCCAGACUGCUCAGAAGUAGUGCAUGUGCCUGGAUCAGAAAGGCCAUUCAAAUUGGGAGACUACAAAAAGGAACUGGGAAGGCCAUAUUCUAGGAUCACAUUUUUCAUUUGUCAACAAAGCCAUUACAAAGAAGAGAUGCACCGGGACAUUCAGCAGCAGUUCAGCCUGGACAGAGAGACCUACCUUUUGCUGUGGAAAUAGAUCCAUCUGAAACGAAUGCAGACAACAGUUUCUACAGUAAAUACACGGAUCUGUAUGCACCAGAAGUUGAGGAAGCGGAAAAUGAGCUGGUUGAAGUCAAUGUUGAGAAUUCCAAACCCACAGUGACAGAUGAGCACAGUACACUAUCUGACAUUGUAGCAAACCUGGCACUUCCUCUUGAUCACAAAAGAGUCAGCAGGUUCAACAUCUCAAGGGCUAAUGUUUGGGAGGGAGCUGUCAGAGGUUUCAAGCGUUCAUCAUAUUCUGAAAGCUGUGACAUGCUGGUCAGAUUUACUGAUGAUGCUGGUGUUUUUGAGGAGGGAAUUGACACAGGUGGUCCCAGACGAGAAUUUUUAACUCUGCUAAUGAAACACCUGAAAGACCGGCCCAUAUUUGAUGGACCAGAAGGACAUCGGUUCUUGGCGUACAAUGCAAAUGAUUCAAAGAUGGUCUUUCAGCCCUUCAGUUCUUGACUGCACUACAGCAACACCCUACUCUGCUGAGCCCUGUCCUGUGCCACUGUGAAAAGCCACUCACUGGCUUUGAACUUGAGAGACUCUUCAAACCUCAACUCAGCCCUUCAGGGACUAAUAGGAGAAUAAAAGAAGGUCAAACCUUGUCCUACUGGGCAGACUAUCUCCUUGAUUGUGAAGAAGGCAAAGCUGCUGUGUCUCUGGAGAACAUUUUGAUGUUUGCAACUGGGCUGACAUCACUCCCCCCAUCUGGCUUGGAACCAUUGCCUCAAAUGGAGUUCCUGGAUGACUCUCCAUUCCCAAUGGCAAAUACAUGUUCAAAUGUAUUAAAAUUACCACUCCUGGAUUCAUACAGUGUGUUUAAGUCACAAGUGGACUUUGGAAUUCAAAAUAGUCCAGGAUUUGGUUGUCUGUAAACCAUAUGGCUGGAAAGAAUUUUUCCAGCAUAUAAAAAUGUCCAUCUAACAGUCUUUCAAUGUUAUAUCUGGCAAAAACACGAACACCUGAAACACUAAGCAAUUGCAGAAUCUGUCAGAUUAUUAAUCUUGUUAGCCUGGUAGUUUUCCUUGUUUCAAAAGAUUUUACAAAUUUUAAAUUGUCUUACUGCACUGACAAAUUUGUCUUACUGCACUGACAAAUUUGUCUUACUGCACUGACAAAUUUGUCU